AUGCUUUUCACCGGAGAUGUGAGGCCCACCACAUCGCGGCAUCUCACAACGUCUGUGAGCACUGAGCCCCAGACCACAAUUUUGUUCCCCUGCGUCUUGGUGCCGCGGAAGCAACGCAAAUACGUCCGGGUCAACCUACGUCCGAAUCGCGCGCGCUCGACCCUCACCCGACCUCACCUCAAUACUCCGUACAUACACGCUUUCACACCACCUCUCUGGGCUGAGUUCCACACAAGACCAACCGAAGCCAUCGUCCAGCCAGAUGCUGCAUCGAGCUGCCAGGCGAACCCCACCUUCUCGACCUCUGCAACAUUCGCAAUAGAGCAAUGGGAGCCAUUCACAGGCCUGCCCGUCCAUGUGUGA